GCAGAAUAAAAACUAAGUUAAGGUACCAAUAACCUAAUUCGUCUCUGACAUUAACAUACCUAUAGAAAAGUAAACGAUGUUUUCAAUCUAAAAUUUGUUCAUUUGAUAAAUAUGAAAAUGUUAUAAUUAAUCAGUGUUGAUGCUGUUUGCUGAAAUGACGCAAAAUAUUCUAGAUUUACUGGCAGAGCCUAGAAUGACCAAAAUUUGCGCUCCUAUGGUUAGAUACAGCAAGUUGCAGUUUCGAACCCUAGUAAGAAAGUAUGGUUGUGACCUUUGUUUUACACCAAUGAUCCUAGCUGAUUCAUUUAUACAAUCUUCAAAAGCUAGAAAUAGCGAAUUCUCCACUAGCGAAAAUGAUAAACCACUAAUUGUACAAUUUGCAGCCAAAGAAAUUAACGAUUUUGUAGAAGCAACAGAACUGGUAGCACUGUAUUCAAAUGGUGUUGAUUUAAACUGUGGCUGUCCACAAAGAUGGGCAAUGAAAGAUGGUUAUGGUGCAGAUCUUCUGACAAAACCUCAGCUUGUGAAAGACUUAAUUUCUCAAGUUAGAAAUAGGAUACCAAAACCAUUCACAGUAUCUGUAAAAAUCCGUCUCCUAAAAGAUAUCAAUAAGACAAUAGAACUAUGUCGAAUGGUAGAGUCUGCAGGAGCAUCUUUCUUAACAGUACAUGCCAGAACACCUGAUAUGCGCAAUGAACCUAUUGAUUUGGAAAAUUUAAAAUUCGUGAAAAGUUGCAUACAGCUGCCAGUUGUUGCCAAUGGUAAUGUUAGAUCUCUUAAUGAUGCAGAAGUACUGUAUAGAGAAUCUAAAUGUAAUGGUGUAAUGGUCGCGAGUGGAAUUUUGACUAAUCCAGCUUUAUUUGCUGGAUAUGCAGCUACCCCUACUGAGUGUAUACAAGAUUGGCUUGACAUUACAUCAACCAUGGAUAUUCAGUUUUUAUCCAUGCACCAUCAUCUUGUUUUUAUGUUGGAAAAAGUGUUGACAAAAAAAGAAAAGUUGAUAUUUAAUGUUUUGAAUAAUAAAAACGAUAUAUAUGCAUUUCUUAAAGACCGUUUUAAUAUUGAACCAAAAACGAUUAGUGAUAAAUAUAAAGUAACAGAUUGUGAAUAUCAAAUUAAGCCAAGAAAGUUCAUCAAACAAAAGAAUAUUGAAGAUGACUGUAAUAUAGAUUUAGAAAAUCUAUUUAUACAAUAAAAUUAUAAUUACGUGUUAUGUAUCUUUUUAUCAAUCUUUAUAAGUUAAAAAAUUGUACAUUAUUUUUUUAUGAUGUAAAUGAGAAACAUCGACAAGUACAUACGAGAUAUUCAAGGUUUUUGUAAGGAUGUGAAUGAA